UUGCUUAUAAGUUUGAAUCCCAUCAUACUUCCAUCCCCUUCCUAUACCACAUGAGUGAACUCGACGCCUUCAGAUCCAAAGGCGCGCUCUUGAAUGAUAAAGCUCUCAUGGGCUCGCUGGAAAUUCCUUUCUCUCUCCCAACUCCUCGUCCCUUUCUCUCAUUUCCACGAAGCCGCCAUCACUGCGCCGCCCGAAGUUUUCCCAUAUCUGGCGAAGAAAUCAUUCCAAGAUCUCACACUCCAUCUAUCAGACGCCAUAAAAUUCUCUUUAAGAUUCUCAGAAUCUCAGAAGACCCAUGCGCGCGUCAUCGUCACUGGUCUCAGCUCCUCUCUCUUCCUCCAGAACACUCUCCUCCACUCCUACUUUCGUUUCGGCGCGAUAGGCGAUGCACGCUGUCUCUUUGAAUCCAUUUUCUUCCCUAAUACGAUUACUAGCAACAUUAUGAUAACGGGUCUCUCCAAGUCAGGCGAGUUGGAAGAUGCCCGUCAGGUUUUCGACGCAAUGUCUGUGACGGAUUCCGCUUCUUGGAAUUCCUUGAUGUCUGGUUAUUUCAGUCAAGGGAAGUUUGAGGAAACUAUAGAAAUUUUUUAUUCUAUGUUUUGCAACGCACUCGAAAAGCUCGACAUUUUCUCUUUGGCUGUUUCCAUGAAAGCUGUGGGCGCUCUUCAGUGCCAUGAAUUCGGUUUACAGCUUCAUGUUUUGGCCAAAAAAUUGGGUUUUGAAAACGCCCCUCAGAUCAAACGGUCGCUUAUUGACAUGAAUGUGAAGUGUGGAGCAGCUGUUAUGGCCGCCAAGAUCUUUGAAAGCAUUCAAAGCCCGGAUAUUUUUUGCUGGAAUAGUAUGAUUCUAUGCUACUUGAAACUGUAUGGAGUAGAAUGUGCACUCAAGGUGUUCAACCGUAUGCCUGAAAGAGAUAUCAUCUCUUGGAACACCAUAAUUUCAAUUCUGUCGCAGCAGGCGCGAUACUGUGAAACAAUUUUCAUGAUCAUAAACAUGCAAACUGAAGGCUACAAGCUUAGUUCAACAACAUAUACAUGCGGCUUAACUGCAUGUGCAAAUCUUCUCCAUUUGGAUUGGGGAAAGCAUUUUCAUGCAAUUAUUUUAAAGUCAGAACCCAUUAUUGAUGUAUUUGCAGGUAGUGCUCUAGUGGACAUGUACGCAAAAUGUGGCCAUUUGGAUGCUGCAAAGAGAAGUUUUGAUUCUCUAUCUUACCAGAAUACUGUUUCAUGGACUUCUCUGAUCGGUGGAUUUGCUCAAUCUGGUAAGGUUGAAAAAGCUGGAGAGCUGUUCAACAAAAUGAGACGAAAACAAGUAUUGUUUGACAAAUUCACUCUAUCAACUACUAUAAGUGCCUGCUACAAUGGAACAGAUCCUGAUUUUCAUUUUGGUUGUCAGCUACAUUGCCUUUGUUUCAAAACUGGAUACAGUCCAUCAACUCCAGUUUCAAAUGCUCUGCUAACAAUGUAUGCUAAAUGUGAAAGAAUUGAAAGUUCUGAAUCAAUAUUUUACUCAAUGGCUUCAAAAGAUGUAGUAUCAUGGACAAGUAUGAUCACUGCAUAUGCUCAAGUUAGCAAAAUUGGCAAAGCUCGAGAAUUUUUCAAUUCUAUGCCAACACGAAAUGUUAUAUCUUGGAAUGCCAUAUUUGGUGCUUAUAUCUUGAAUAAGCAGGAGGAAGAAGCUCUCAAACUAUUUCUUCUGAUGCUGAGGGAGGAUGAAGUGAAACCAGAUUGGGUUACAUUUGUGAGACUUUUGAGCGCUGCUGCUGAUAUAGGAGCUCUAAAGAUUGGCACUCAAAUCAUUGCUCAUGCAAUGAAAUUAGGACUCAAUAAUUCCAACACCUCAGUAUCCAACGGGAUUAUCACAAUGUACUCGAAGAGCGGAAAGAUUGCAGAGGCUCAGCGAGUGUUCGAAUCUAUAACAAACAAGGAUCUGAUUUCAUGGAAUGCGAUGAUUACCGCCUAUGCGCAGCAUGGUCUCGGUUGGGAGGCGGUGAAGACCUUUGAAAAGAUGUUGCUUGAGAAGAUUGAACCUGAUUAUAUAACAUAUGUUGCAGUCCUUUCAGGUUGCAGCUACUCAGGAAUGGUAGCAGAAGGGAAAUCUUACUUUGAAUUGAUGACCAGAAUCCAUGGUGUCAUUCCGGGCACAGAGCAUUUCGCAUGCAUUAUUGAUCUUCUCGGUCGAGCCGGGCUCCUGCAAGAGGCCAAGGAGGUGAUAGAAACUAUGCCUGUCAAACCUACCGCGGAGAUUUGGGGAGCAAUGCUUGGAGCUUGCAAGCUUCAUAACGAUACCGAAUUCGCAGACUAUGCCGCCAAGCAUAUACUUCAGUUGGAUUCCAAGGAUUCUGGGAGCUAUAUUCUGCUGGCGAAGCUGUAUGCUGAUGUGGGGGACUUACAAAACUCUGCAGGAGUGAGGAAACUUAUGAAGGAAAGAGGGAUAAGAAAGAAGCCUGGAUGUAGCUGGAUAGAAGUUGAUAAUAGGAUUCAUGUUUUCGUUGCAGAUGAUUUAAAUCAUCCACAGAUUAUUGAUGUUUUGACAGUGCUUGGAGAUUUGUUUGAGAGGAUCGAAGGUGUUGGGUAUGUGAAUAAAGAUGGUUGUUCCAGAUCAAGUAGAUAUCACAGUGAGAAACUAGCUGUGGCUUUUGGAUUGAUGAGCUUGCCGCCAUGGAUGGAAGUUCAUGUAAUGAAGAACCUCCGGAUUUGUGGGGACUGUCAUACUGUGAUAAAGUUAGUAUCUUUGAUCUUUAGAAGGGAGAUUGUGGUGAGGGAUGCUGUCAGGUUUCAUCACUUUAAGGAGGGGUUUUGCUCUUGCUGUGAAUAUUGGUAGUGGAAGGUAGAUGGGUUUGGUGUUGGGUUACUAUAGCAUUGGGGCAUUUAACAUCAUGUGUUUUUUUUGAAUUUAUAUAUCUAACACCUAAACAUUCAUAUUUAUGUUCAUACCACUCAAUUUUUUAACUUCAAAUAAGAAUUAACCACCCUUAUCAACUUUCUAAUGGUGAAAUGCAACUUUUCAUGC